GAAUUACUGUUGCUGAGCCCAUGUAAAGCAGCUGAUUUGGUAGCCAUUCACUUCAGUGAGCAGAUUGAGACCAUCAUUACAAACCUUCAGGACCAGUUCUUACUCUUCCAGUUUCUGAGGAGUCUCCUUGAUCCAAGAGAAGGUAUUAACCAAGACCUGAUACACUUACCACCCAGCAUCAGUGAGCAGUUCAUUGAGCUGUUGUGUCAGUACAGCCCAGGCCAGGUUUUGGAGACACUUAAAGUUCUGGAAUACUGCAGACUGGAAGAAACCAUCCAGAUAACCCAGAAACAUCAGCUCCAUGAAGCUUCUUCAUAUUUACUGGAGAAGAAGGGAGAUAUCCAUGGUGCCUUUUUGGUUAUGCUCGAGCGAUUGCAGAGCAAGUUGCUGAUGCUUACACAAGAUGAUGAAAGCUCAGAUGAACUCACCUUGCUAGAAAACAUUGAAGACACCUUAAUGAAAACAAUUGCCCUUUGCCAGAGAAAUUCCCACAAUUUAGACCAGCAACAGCGAGAGGCCCUUUGGUUUCCCCUGCUGGAGGCUAUGAUGUCCCCACAGAAAUUAUCUGGUUCUUCACAGUGUCGUUACUCUGAAUCUUUGAAGAGUUUGACAAUGCAAGUGCUGAACAACAUGGCUGCAUUUAUCGCUCUUCCUUCAAUUCUGCAGAGAAUUCUACAGGAUCCAGUUUAUGGAAAAGGGAAACUUGGAGAAAUUCAAGGACUUGUUCUGGGAAUGCUGGACACUUUUAACUAUGAACAAACCCUUUUAGAGACAACUACGAAUCUUCUAAACCAUGAUCUCCACUGGUCACUGUGUAACCUAAGAGCUUCUGUCACUAGAGGGCUUACCCCAAAGCAGGAUUACUGCUGCAUUUGUCUACAGCAGUACAAAAGAAGGCAAGAAACCGCUGAUGAAAUCAUUGUUUUCAGCUGUGGCCACUUGUACCAUUCGCUGUGUCUGCUGAGUAAAGAAUGUGGGACAGUAACUAAAGGCCAGAUGAGGUGGAUGUGCUAUAAGUGCAACUCAAGUAACAAGGGAGGAAAACUGAGCGAGAACUUCUCAGAGCUAAAAAAAGGAAGUGGAGCACCCUUGGCACAGACAAGUUCAGAGUCUCUGUUGGAUCCUCAGCAAAUCCAAGCUUUUGACCAGCUCUGCCGGCUCAACCGAGGAACCUCCAGACUGGCUCUCCUGACAGAGCUGUCCCGUGGCCACAGCAGUGAGAAGCACGGGCUGCUCAGCGUUUCCCACGGUGACCCAACCACCAGCAGUGUCUUCCAGAACGAGAACUUCCAGCUCCAUCUGGCCCCCCCUCCGCUGGCUGAAGACUAA